GCUCACUUGACUACAUCGUCUACAUCCUAACCUCAUUAAAUCUACUACUGUGGCUUUUUGAAGCAAGUUAAAAGCAAACAAGAGCAAGACGAAUUAUAAGGUUUAUUUCGAUAAAAAACAGCCAUGGACGAUGAGGCUGAGACCUACAAGUUAUGGCGAAUCCGAAAAACUGUAAUGCAACUUUGCCACGACCGGGGCUACUUGGUGACCCAGGAUGAACUGGAUCAGACGUUGGAGCAGUUCAAAGAGCAUUUUGGCGACAAACCCAGCGAGAAGAGGCCCUCAAGAAGCGACUUGAUUGUUUUGGUGGCCCACAACGAUGACCCCACCGACCAGAUGUUCGUGUUCUUCCCGGACGAGCCAAAAAUCGGCAUUAGAACCAUUAAGACCUAUUGUCAGAGGAUGCAGGACGAGAACAUUCACAGAGCCAUUAUUGUUGUUCAGGCUGGCAUGACACCGUCAGCCAAACAGUCCUUAGUUGAUAUGGCCCCGAAGUAUAUUCUGGAACAGUUUUUGGAGUCCGAGCUGCUGAUCAACAUCACUGAGCAUGAGUUGGUGCCCGAACAUGUAGUGAUGAAUCCUGAGGAGAAGCAGGAAUUGUUGGCCAGGUACAAAUUAAAAGAAAACAUGCUGAUGAGGAUUCAGGCUGGCGAUCCAGUAGCUAGAUACUUCGGGCUAAAGAGAGGACAGGUAGUGAAGAUUAUUCGCUCGUCCGAAACAGCUGGGCGGUAUAUAUCUUAUCGACUGGUCUGCUAAAGCAGCAGAAUGUUUGUGUAAUUUUUAUAUUGAUAGAGUUUUAAGGCACAGGCUGUUUAUUGCUUGAUUCUGGUGUUUUUGUCUCAAAUUCCAGCCAGUCAAUAAGAAUUGAGCGCUUCUAAUUGAGUAAAAACAAAAUAAAUUUAUAUACAUUUAUUAAAUUAAUACAGGGAGCUGUAAACACUAA